CAGCUUAAAAUGUCCUCACUUUUCGUGGAGCUUUUCGUCGUAAGGACCCUGGGAAGUAAUGCACUUUUGUUAUUCUCUCCAGGACCUGCUAGGCUGACUAAGAUGACCGUUUUGGGGGCCAAGCUGCGACAGGAGGACUAACAUGUAAUCUUAAAACCAAAGCCUUGGCAAAUGAAUGCUUUGAGGCUAUAAACCAGUUAAAAUAUAACUUUCCUAGUGAAUGUUCCCAGGGUUUAUUCUGCUCCUGUCUUCUAUUUAGUCGUCGUCGGGUUGUUUAGAGGAGCAGCGUGUCUAAAAUACAUGGGUAGCUGAAGACCUCUGUCAGCGUUUUGGGACCUACUUAGAGGUUUCCGUCUCUGGUGUUGGAACUAUUGCUGAGUUUGACACUUUCAACUACAUACUUGCGUAGUUUACAUUCUUCAGAAACCUGUAGCCACUUUUAACUAGCCACAAAAUGUCUUUUUUAGGCCUUGUGGUGAGUUGACAGCCGGUGUUGCAGUGUGUAGUUAGCACAUUGUCUGCAGUUCCUUUGGUGACACAACGAUUGAGGAAGCAGCUCCCCCUAGACGCGAGGUCUAGAUGAGUUUCCCCUCCUCCCCACCGUCGAGGGACCCAGUAUAAUGUAGGCCAGUACCAGCCUAUGGUACAGUACACUCUGUGUCUUGUACAGCUGUGGGGAUGCUAGUAGAACAAUGAGCCUUUGCCCAUCAACGACAGCUCCUUAGGAUCAGCCCUCAGUUCAAGUUGAACUAUUAUUACUCUGGGGCUUUUCCUUACUGUGUGCCAACAUCAGAGCGAGAGGAGAGAGUAGUCUGCGCCAUAUGUCAAAUGUUGGGGAAUGCAUGAUGGAGCUGAGCGGUGAUGAGAGAAGAGUGGACAGUAGGACUAUCUAUGUUGGGCAUCAGUCAGGUCCCACCAAUGAGGCGUUCAUACCACCCAAGUUCUGUGAUAACAGGAUUGUGUCCUCCAAGUAUACCGUUUGGAACUUUCUACCAAAGAACCUGUUUGAACAGUUUAGGAGAAUUGCCAAUUUCUACUUUCUUAUCAUCUUCCUGGUUCAGGUGAUAGUGGACACCCCCACCAGCCCAGUCACCAGUGGCCUACCCUUAUUUUUUGUUAUUACAGUAACCGCUAUCAAGCAGGGAUACGAGGACUGGCUUCGGCACAAGGCUGACAAUGAGGUGAAUAAGUACCCAGUCACAGUGCUAGAGGAUGGUCGAAGGAUACGGAAGGAGAGUGAAAAGAUAAAGGUUGGAGAUGUUGUGGAGGUGGAGGAAGAUGAGACCUUUCCCUGUGAUUUAAUACUGCUCCAGUCCACUCGAGACGACGGCACAUGUUUUGUUACCACAGCAAGUCUGGAUGGAGAAUCAAACCAUAAAACACACUACACUGUGCCAGACAUAGAGACGGAUCUGGAAGCUCUCAGUGCCACCAUCGAGUGUGAACAGCCACAACCUGACCUUUACAAGUUUGUUGGCCGAAUGCAAAUUCACAAAAACAAUCAGGAUCCCACAGUGAGGUCUUUGGGGCCAGAAAACCUUUUGCUCAAAGGGGCAACUUUGAAAAACACCCAAAAAAUCCAUGGUGUUGCCGUUUACACUGGUAUGGAGACAAAGAUGGCUCUGAACUACCAGGGAAAGUCUCAGAAACGUUCUGCUGUGGAGAAGUCUAUCAAUGCCUUCCUUCUGGUUUACCUUUGCAUAUUAGUGAGCAAGGCUCUGGUGUGCACUACACUCAAGUAUGUGUGGCAGAGCAAGCCUGGACAGGAUGAGCCUUGGUACAACGAGAAAACCCAGAGAGAGAAAGACACCAAUCAGUACCUGAAGAUGUUCACUGAUUUCCUGUCCUUCAUGGUGCUCUUCAAUUUCAUCAUUCCCGUGUCCAUGUACGUGACAGUUGAGAUGCAAAAGUUUUUGGGGUCCUUUUUCAUCGCAUGGGACAAGGACUUCUAUGAUCCUGAAAUUAAGGAGGGGGCUCUGGUCAACACAUCAGACCUCAACGAAGAGCUAGGACAGGUGGAGUACGUUUUCACGGACAAGACCGGCACCCUUACUCAGAAUAACAUGGAGUUCAUAGAGUGCUGUAUUGAUGGCAUCCAGUACAGCCCCCGAGACAGAAGCAUAGAGAUGGAUGUCACAGACGGACCUGUGAGCAAACUGCAGCAGAGAGCUGGCAGGGAGAUGGAAGAGCUCUUUCUACGUGCCCUCUGUCUCUGCCACACGGUCCAAGUGAAGGAGUCCACUGGGCAGGAUCAGGACCAAGUGGAUGGACACGUGGACCAGGUGGACGGCUUAGGGGUUGAUGAGGUGCUGGACGAGUCACAGGAGCAGAUAGGCUUCAUAGCCUCCUCACCUGAUGAGGUUGCUCUGGUUAAGGGUGCAAUGAGGUAUGGCUUCAGAUUUCUGGGUCUUGAAAGUAAAACCAUGAAAAUUCUCAACAGGAACAAUGAUGUUGAAAUGUAUGAUUUGCUUCACGUGUUGAACUUUGACCCAGUGAGAAGGCGAAUGAGUGUUAUAGUCAGAUCUGGAUCAGGUGACACACUGCUGUUCUGUAAAGGAGCCGACUCUUCCAUUUUUCCCAGAGUUAAGAAGGAGGAGGUUGAAAGGAUACGCAUGCAUGUGGAGCGUAAUGCAACAGAGGGCUACCGGACACUGUGCGUAGCCUACAAAUAUCUCUGUGAAGACGAGUAUGCCCAGGUAGAUGCAGAACUGAGGGAAGCUAGGCUCGCUCUGCAGGAUAGAGAUGAGAAGCUCAUGGCUGUGUACAACCAAGUGGAGACUGGCAUGAGCCUUAUAGGAGCAACUGCUGUAGAAGAUCGGCUUCAAGAGGAGGCAGCGGAGACCAUGGAGGCUUUGCAGGGCGCAGGCAUUAAGGUCUGGGUCCUAACGGGGGACAAGAUGGAGACGGCAAAGUCUACCUGCUAUGCUUGCAGAUUGUUCCAGAGAAGCACCGAACUGUUGGAGCUCACAGUGCGUACUCUGGAGGAUGGAGGGAGGAGGCGUGAAGAACGGCUGCACGAACUCUUGAUAGAAUAUCACAAGAAAGCUGUGCAGGAUGCGCCACCGGUUAAGGCAGGCGUCCGGAGGAGCUGGGCUUCAACCAACCAGGACUAUGGUUUCAUCAUAGAUGGAGCCAGUUUGUCGAUGGUCUUCAACUCUUCCUCUGACUCCAGUUCAAGUAACUACAAGAACCUGUUUCUGCAGAUCUGUCAGAACUGCACAGCUGUGCUUUGCUGUCGUAUGGCCCCUUUACAAAAGGCACAGAUUGUUAAAAUGGUGAAGAACUCUAAAGGGAGUCCUAUCACCCUUUCCAUUGGAGAUGGUGCCAAUGAUGUCAGCAUGAUUUUGGAAGCUCAUGUUGGCAUCGGUAUUAAGGGUAAAGAGGGUCGGCAGGCAGUGAGGAACAGUGAUUAUGCUAUCCCCAAACUCAAGCACCUCAAGAAACUUUUGUUGGCGCACGGUCACCUCUACUACGUUCGCAUUGCACACCUAGUGCAAUAUUUCUUUUACAAGAACCUUUGCUUCAUCUUACCUCAGUUUUUGUACCAGUUCUUUUGCGGCUACUCCCAGCAACCCCUGUAUGAUGCGGCCUAUCUGACGAUGUACAACAUCUGCUUCACCUCUAUGCCCAUCCUGGCUUACAGCCUCUUGGAGCAACAUAUCAGCAUUGAUGCACUGCUGGAUAAGGCUACACUCUACAGAGAGAUUGGAAAGAAUGCCAUGUUACGAUGGGGACCAUUCCUCUAUUGGACGCUACUUGGUAUUUUCCAUGGAGUGGUCUUCUUCUUUGGUGUUCGACUUUUAUUCAGUAACCCAGCAUUGCAGGAUAAUGGCCAGGUUUUUGGUAACUGGUCCUAUGGAACCAUUGUCUUCACUGUCCUUGUCUUCACUGUCACGCUAAAGCUCGCUCUGGACACACGCCACUGGACGUGGAUCAACCACUUUGUGAUCUGGGGAUCUCUGGCUUUCUACGUGUUCUUCAGCUUUUUCUGGGGAGGAAUCAUAUGGCCUUUCAUGAGCCAGCAGCGUUUGUACUUCGUGUUUGCCAACAUGCUGAGCUCAGUGUCAGCCUGGCUGGUCAUCAUCUUGCUCAUCCUUCUCAGCUUACUGCCAGAGAUUCUGUUUGUGGUGUUCCACAAGCCCCGCAGCCAUCACGCCCGACAGAAGCUGGUUCAGUCGAACACUGGGGUCCUGUAUAGCCCGUCUUCAGCCAAGCCCCUGCUCAUGACUUACAGAUGAGUCCAUUACUUGCUCACAAAAAGACUGCAGCUGUGACACCACUCUCCUAUAAGCACUUGAAAGAGCAGGAAACACCGGCAUCAGCUGCAUUCAGGCUCCCAGCAGGUCGGAGCUGUCUGCCACAAUGAAUGGUGUCAAAAGAGAGGAAAAGAAGAAGAAAUAUGACAGAUGUGCAGACUGGGAGGAUGGGAUGAAAAAGGGGUGUUUUAUCGCCCCUCCGUCUCCUUUUCUGGCCAGUCGCCCCCACGCAUGCCUGCAGAGCAGCACCCUGCAUUGUUUUAUAUACCUACUCAGAUGUCAGGCAUGCGUCGUCUUUCUUUUACCCCUUUUUUCUACUAGCUUACAAAUGAAUGCAUACACGGCUGCCUUGUCCGUAGCUCGAUCCAACUGCUGUGUUUUAACUAGCAGUGGAAGUAAUUAUCCCAAGGGUGGUUCACCUGCAUGAGAAGAAGGCUUCCAAGGUCACUUCACUGUUCAGUUACUAUAUUCUACAAUAUUUUUGUGCAAACACAUAUUCCAGUUUGUCAAUAUUUUUAGAUUUUCUUUAAAUGCAACCACACAUUUUCACUUUUGCAGAUCAUUAUUGAUGAGAUGUUACUGAAUGUGAUUUCAGUCUGACUGUGUCUUUUGUUUAUAUCUGAUUUUAGGGUUAUUUCUAGAAAUGAAUCAAGAGUAUAUAUUGAAUGCUAAAGUAUAAAAGGUGUCAUAUUAUCUUUAAAUCCAAAAAGAGUGUGUGAGCACGCGUGUACAUUUGUGUGUGUGUGUGUUUAGAGCUAGCCAAGAGUUGGGUCAGACACAUCCUGGCAACGAGCCUCUGCUUGGAACAUGACCUAACUCUUUCAACCUCAGUGAUAAUUUAAGAGAAAGCAAUUAAGAUGAGAUAAUUAAUAUAUGUGCACUAUAUAUAACUUUGAGGUAUAUGAUAGUGUCUGCUCAAACCAAAAAGGUAAACGUAAUGCGAUUCUGUCCACAAGAGUGAGCUGAAAGUGAAAACUCUGUGCGUGUGUCUGUGUGAAAUGUUCCUAGUGGAAAAUGGCCAGAAAGGACCUGUGUUUCAUGAAAACCAGGGUUACUUGAAUCAAUGUAGUUCAGCUAGUUAUGUCCUGUACUAAAAGUGAUGUUUCAUUGCUAAGGUCACUAAAGCACGCGAGUAUUUGCCUGAGUGCACACACAGCAACUGUGCAUGUUACACACAAACACAUACAUGCACCAAAGUCAAAAUUAAGCAUUUACAUUCAUCAUCACCAUGUGGCACCAACUGGCAACACCAUCAUCUAUCAGGACCAACGCCACAUCAGAGCUAGAGUAGUUAUUGCCAUGUUGAGGCUGAGCACAUCAUCUUUGUUCUGUUGUUUGUCAAAUGUAGAGGUAGAGUGGCUGCUUCAUACAUUCCAUUUAUUCAUGCUAUGAUUUUCCACACAUAUGUAUCAUCUUUAGUAUAUUUAUUAUGUAUAAUUAUAUUCACAGAUCUUAUAUUUUUAUUACAUUCAUCUUUUUUGUUAAUUGUGGAAGGUGGUCAGCUUUGUGCCAGUUGUUAUUCUGUCAUAAACGAUAGGCAGCCCCGUCGGCUCUCUGCAUCCCAGAUCAACCAAGGAAACCACUUCUGCUGCCAGGUGAUUUCAUUCAUUCUUCUAGUGACUGGUCACUAAUCAUUUUAAGUUUUGUUUUCCAGGCGAGUAUCAGAACGUCUGUGUGGUCAAUUUUGUAGUCUAAUACUCCAGUAAAGCUUGACACAUCUGAUUGAUUCAGUAAAAACAUAAAUUUUAAAGAUUAAAAAGAUAAAUGUUUGAAAAUAAAACCGAAAGGCAAGUCUUUUUAUUUAAGCAGAGACCAAUGAGAGGCAGUUGUUUUCUGACUUGUUGACUCCAGACUGCACUGUGCAGGAGGUACUGGAUGUAAGAGGACGCACUGAGGGGCUGCCUGCUUUGUUAAAAAACAUAAAUGAGAAAAAAAAACAUCAGAGAUGCUAUUUUCAGAGCUUAAAGUAUAUCGGAAUCUAACGUUUUGCCUGUCUAAGUGAAAAUGUCAAAUACUGGAUUGUAUUUUUAAUGCAACCAUUUUCCAGCCACUUUUAUAAGAAAACAAAAUGCCAAAAAAACAAAAACGACGCACGAGAGGCUGUGUGGCUGUGGACACUGUUCUAACUGUGAGAGGUGAAGGUGGACGCCUUCAUGCACCUUAGCAGCCGUGUGUAAUGCUGCAGGAACACCUUCCCACCUCCAGCCACUGAAGUCUCCAGCCUAAACAUUUUGAUGAAUGUACCUCUUUGGAUCUAGUAUAUUCAAUUUUCUGUAAUAAAGCAGAACAUUUUGGAGAUAAA